AUGGGAAAUAAAAUCUAAAUCCAACUUAAUUCAAAAUUCUAUUUUCCUAACUAAACUAUACAAGGUAUGUAUAAGAUCUAUUAGAGGAAUGGUGAUUAUAGAGGAUUGUCAAGAUACUUUGAAGGAGUUUUCUAAACUUUAUAUUAAUUUAUAAGGUGAGGAAGCAUGGGAUAAAGGGUUUGAGUGUCUUGAAUCAAAUGAUUUUAAUAUCUUCCAUUCCCAAUUUAAAUUGCUUAAAGAUAUUAAUGAGGAGAGAAAUCCUGAGGAUUAGAAAUUGAAAAUCUAAAAAACGAUAGCAAUUCCAUUCACUUAUAUAUUACCUGAUAAUAUUCCUGGUUCAAUGAAAAGAGAAAAGGGUUAUAAAUUGAGGAUUGAAUACACUAUUUCAUUAAUUGCUGAGACUCUAUAAUUAGAUAGGAUCCUCUUAAAAAAAUUACCUAUUAUCAUAAACUAAUAUGCAGUGAGACAAAACAACAUUCGAAAUAUAACUAAUAGUCAUGCCAUACGUGGAUAUUGUUAUACAUAUUAAGGAGUAUAAUUAUAAAAUCAAUUUUAGAUAGCUAAAUUGGAUUGUAAAUAUAGUGGAGAAGAGUUUUCAAUUGGUGAUUCUAUUAAUUUAGAAUUGUAGAUUGAUUUAAGGGAAAGUAAGUAAUACAUUUAAGAAAUCAUAAUUUCAUUAAAUAAGAGGACCACUAUCAAUCAUUAAGAACCAAUAGUCAUCAUAGAAUAAAUUUCUAAACAUAAUUUACCUGGAGUUGUCUAAGGAAUUGUUUAAACAAUUAAAAAAUCAAUUGUUCUCUUUGAUUUCAAUAAUAAAAUAGAACUUUCUACAACUGGAUAAUUAAUUAAAGUGGAUUAUUUAAUUAGGAUAUAAGCAAAUUCAACAUUAUUUAAUAUCAAUAAUAAUGACUUAAGGAUAGAUAUCCCUAUCAAUUUAUUCCAAAGAAGAAUCAAAUUAAACGAUUUAAAGUUUGAAACUAACCAAAUUAAAGAUCUAUUCCAUCUAUAUGAUGUAAAUAUAAAAAUAAUUGUUAGGUCGUAAAACUUUGAACAAUAACAUAAUAUUAAUAUAAAAAUAUUAUUUACAUUAUUAAUUAAAUAUCUUAUGGGAAAUAACUAAUCUGGUGUUCAAAUUGCUAUUGAUAAGUUUUACUACACAGAAGAAUUGUUAUCUGGUAAAUUACUCAUUGAUAAAUCUAAAAUUAAUUCAAUUAAAGCCAUUACUAUUCGUUUUAAGGGGGAAAUCUAAUUAUAAAUAGAAGGUGAGUCUGUUAAAAGGGAAUUUUGUAUUUAUGAAGGUAAGUAUGAUGAAAAUGAACUUUAAACUAUUAGAAAUUAGUCAGGAGUAAUAGAAUUUGAAUUGUAGCUCUCCAACAUUAUUCCACCUUCUGUGUAUUAUUAAUAAUAUAGAUCCAGGGGAGGUUUAUAUUAUAAAUUAGAAGUGGAAUUAAAUCCUAAUGGUUUUUUUGAUUUGGAGAUAUUUAGAAAAGAUAUUGAGAUACGAUAAUCAAUGCCAAAAGUUAAAGAAUUUAGUAUUGUCAAGGAAUUAAAUUUGGAAACAAUAUUUAGCAAUUAUGGAGUAUUUUCAUAUCUUAAUUAAUAGACUCUUAAUAUGGACGUUAAUGUUAAUGAAUAAUAAUUUCAUAUUGGUUAAACUGCUGAAGUUACUGUCUUUGCCGAUAAUACUCUUGGAUAAGUAGACAUUGAUUAUAUUACUGUUGAACACAUUUAAGAAAUAUCAAUAAAACCAGAACAUGUAUGGAUUUCAGAAAUUCAACUUAUUAAUUCCUAAGCUAUCAUUGGUGUUAAAGCCUUUUAGAAAUAUCAGAGUCCAAUUAAGGUACUCUUGACCAUUAAUGAUCCAAAUCAAAAACUAAAACCUAAUUUAUAAUUAGGGUUCCUAAAAAUAUAAAAUUACAUAAGGAUUACUACACCUUUUAGUGUAUUUUAAAAAGACCCUAAAUUUCCAAUAAUUCCUAUUGAUAUUUGUAAAUUAGAAAGUAAAUGUUUAUAUUAAAAAAUGGAUAUGAUUGAUUAAGUUAGAUUACCUAAUGUAACAUAUAUAAUUAAAAUAGAAAAUAAUAUUAAAACCUGUUGUUAUGAAAUUAGAUGAGUUAGACAAAGAUUUUAUAGAAUUCAAGACGUUAAGAGAUGUCAAAAAUUUGGUAAAUCAUAUUCGUAAAUGA